ACCUUCUCACGCGCCCCCCUCUAGAUCGUCGCACCGCAAUUCAUUAAUCUGCAGAUCCCCUUCUCCUCCAAGCCUCCCCUGCUUCCCAACAUCAUCCCCAUCACCGCGUAGCCGAUCUGCCCUCCUGUGCCACUCCCGUCAUGGCGAACUCGUCGUCCUCCGCUGCUCUUGUCCCUCACCAGCAACAGGAGGAUAUCGCGCCCCUCCCGCUGAUCCGGUGCCCAAGGUGCAACCUGGGAGUUGUAUGCUGGUUCAUCUCCCAUACAUUGAAGAAUCCUGGCAGGCACUUCUACAAGUGUGAAUUCCACGGGCCCAACGGAUGCGGUUUCUGGAAAUGGGAGGAUGCAUACAUCGACUACCUCCGUGCUAGGUGGGGACACAUUUUCAACCUGCCCGCCCCACUGCAGCUCCAACAGCAGCAUCCAGCGAUGGUUCAAGCACAGGCUGACAUCAGGAACCUCAUGUUCAUAGGGAUGGCGACACUCAUCGGUGUUCUGCUCCUCCUUGGAGCCAAGAUCUAGGGUGAUAGGUUCGGAUUAGGCCUCAAUUGGCACGGCAGCCUGUAGCUGCGCUGUCAUCACUACCAUUAGUAACACAUUAGCCAUCAACAACCAUUAGCACUGUAAUUUACCAUCCUAAGCAAAACCAUGUACCCCACCUAUGUAACCGAGAUAUUUAUGUGGUUCCAAUUAAUGUUUUUCAGUAA